AUGGCUGCGCACUAUAAACUUAGAUGUAGUCUGGCGGGUCAUCAAAAAGAUAUACGUGCGGUUGCACCAGCCCUUCUGCCACAGGGAUCUAUACUCUCCGGAUCCCGAGAUGUAACAGCGAAAAUUUGGGUGCCUAACGAGUCUGACCCAGGUUUCCGAGAAGCCCAUGUGAUGAGCGGACACACCAACUUUAUUUCAUCAGUUUGUUACCUGCCACCAGAUGGCACCUACUCCCAUGGUCUGAUAUUAACAGGAAGCAAUGAUUCAACUAUACUCGCAUUCACUCUGGAUUCUCCUGAACCAGUUUAUAAACUAACUGGACACUCUAAUACAGUUUGUUCAUUGGCUUCUGGAAAGUUUGGAACCUUGCUGAGUGGCUCUUGGGAUAAAACUGCGAAAGUUUGGCUGAAUAAAAAAUGUGUCAUGACCUUAGAAGGUCAUGAGUCUGCAGUAUGGGCUGUAGCCAUCCUCCCAGAACAGGGAUAUAUGCUGACUGGGUCAGCUGAUAAAAGUAUCAAAAUAUGGAAGGCUGGCAAGUGUGAGAAGACUCUGACAGGACAUGAAGACUGUGUUAGGGAUAUAGCCGUGCUGAAGAAGCCAGAAUUCCUGUCUUGUUCUAAUGAUGCAACAAUACGUCAUUGGUCUAUCACCGGGGAUUGUAUCGGUGUGUACUAUGGUCAUGAGAACUUUGUGUACAGCUUAAGUGUACUGCCAAAUGGUGAAGACUUUGUGAGCAGUGGAGAAGACCGCACAGUGCGGGUGUGGCAGGGAGGUCAGGUAGUCCAGACCAUUGCUCAUCCUUCUAUGUCUGUCUGGUCUGUUUGUGUUCUUGCUAAUGGAGACAUUGUAUCGGGUUCAAGUGAUGGGUUCGUCAGAGUGUUUACAACACAUCCUGAGAAGACUGCCUCCACUGACCUGCAGAAAGCAUUUGAGGCUGAAGUGGCAUCAGCUGAAGUACCCACUCAGAUCGGGGAAAUUCAGAAACGAGACUUACCAGGCCCAGAAGCUCUCCUUAAUCCUGGAAACAAAGAUGGUCAGACAAAGAUGGUAAAAAAAGGUGAUAAAGUUGAGAUCUAUCACUGGGAGGCAGCUGCGACCAAAUGGACCAAGAUUGGAGAUGUAGUGGGAUCCAGCGGUGGGACUCAGAAAUCAUCAGGGAAAACACUUUAUGAAGGCAAGGAGUAUGACUUUGUGUUUAGUGUAGACAUAGAAGAAGGAAAGCCACCCCUUAAACUGCCUUACAACAAGACAGAGGACCCUUGGUUUGCUGCCCAACGCUUCCUAGAAAAAAACAACCUCAGUCAGUUGUUCUUGGAUCAGGUGGCAAACUUCAUUACUGAGAACACCGAAGGAGUGACAUUUGAUCAGACUGCUCCCCAGGUGUCUGAUCCUUUCACAGGAGGGGGACGUUAUAUACCUGGAGCCCCAACAGUGGGAGGUAAACAGAACAGCCAGCCACAGCCAGUAUCCUAUGGAGCAGAUCCUUUUACUGGUUCUGGAAGUUACCAGCCUGCCACUCAGACAACUGGAGUCACGAACACUUACUUCCCUCAGAAAUCCUACGUCACAUUCGAUACUUCCAAUCCAGCCCAGAUUAUUGGAAAGUUAAAGGAGCUCAACUCUUCAAAGGUAGAAAAGAGUUGUCAGCUGCCAAACGAGAAGCUAGAGGAACUGGCUGACUUAAUACAGGGGAAAUCUGCCAAUGCUGACCACCUCACAACCAUGAUGAAGAUACUAACUUGGCCCCACGAGGCUGUGUUUCCUGCGUUGGAUGUUCUAAGAAUUGCCAUCAAAGACCCUUUCAUGAGCGAAAGACUUUGUACAAAUGUUCAUUUCGUGGACAGUAGACUAAUGUAUUUAUCAAAAAACAACACGGCAAACAACCAGAUGCUUACUUUAAGGACUCUAUGUAACAUGUUUAGACAGCACUUCGGUGAAACGCUAGCAAUGCAAAAUAGGGAAAGAAUCAUAACAGCAGCCUUAGAAUGUCGACUUUCACCCAACAAACACGUGCAGAUUGCUUUGUCCACUCUACUCCUGAAUUAUGCUGUGUUCCUUCAAGAUAAACUUGAUGAAGAGGGAAAGUCCCAGUGUUUAUUGGCUAUGGCCAGUGUCUUAGAAAAUAACAUUGAUUCUGAAGCAGUUUUCAGGCUCCUCGUGUGCUUAGGUACUCUUAUCAAGGCAGACGAAACAGCACAAGCUCUUGCACGAUCUCUUGAUAUCAAGAACCUUGUUGAACCUCAUCUCACAAAAUCAGAACCUUCUAAAGUGCCUGAAUGUGCCACCUUUAUUCUGGAACUAUUGUAAUACAACAAAAAACUGUAAGAGAACUAUAAAAAUGAAGGAUUAACAUCAAGUAUAAAAUUCCUGCCAGAAUAUUCAUUAUUAAAGGUAGUUUAUUUAAAAUAUCAGAAUAUCUGUUUUGAUAGCUUUCAAACAAUAAAAUGAUAGUCAUUGUCUUUUAUUGUUGACAAUUAAUGGCACAAAUUGACUCAUAGUGUAUAUGGCCAUUAUGCAUGUAUGAAUGCCAUUAUUUCAAGAAGAGAAGAGAUAGGCAAGUAACUAUAGAUAAGUAAUGAAUGGAUGUGUAAUAAUCUUAUGUAUGGAACUGUUAGAGGCAGUAUAUUUAAUUAUUGUAGAUUACAAGAUUUUCUCAAGAUGUAAUUCAGCAAAGUAAAAUUGUCCAUGUUUUGAAACUGUU